AUGUAUGUGAAAUGGUUUGAUACAGGAAUGUUAUACUGUGUGAUUUUAGUGUAUUCAGUAAAUGUCACUUUUUGUCAUUUUCAAAUUUCCCACCAGUUCCGUCCCCCCCCGUACGUCCUGAAGUCGCAGGGGACGGAACCCGGAAGACGGAUGCCGGCAUCAGCCAGAAGGCAUUGCCGGGGACACUGCAAGGGGGACAUCGCGGGAGCGCAGGACAAGGUAAGAGAAGAAGAGAUCCCUGAGCAACGCUGCAGUGUAUUCCUGAGUGUAGCUCGGGGUUACCGCUUGUGCUACACUCAGGAAUACCGCCAGGGGGGUUAAG